ACCACCGGAGCGCCAAAGGAGCUGGGACAGUACAGAUAACGUCAGUAAAGCAAAGAAGUCAGACAACAGCUACUAUUUAACUGUUUCUUAGAAAUAGGGAUUAUGACACCCACCAAACGUUGUUUUGGCUCUAUACAAUGACUGGAUUAUGUUUGUUUUUCUUUCAACGCAUCUUUUCAAUCUCCUUACUUAUUGAGACGCAUUCGUCAUCACAGGAAUGUGCGUUUUAGUAAGAAUAUCACGUUUCUCCUGAAGCCAAAGCUUGUUUGCUGAACUCGGCUGAGCAGGGGGAGAAAACGCUCUGGGGAUCCGGUCAGCAGUGGACAUCACAGAGGCAGCAUGAUUUUCGGCAGACAGCUCUAGUGUCCAUGGAAAGAAGAUUUCCAUCUCUUUUCCACAAGCCUUAAGCAACUGCGCCUUAACUCAAGGAGCUGGUGAUGGGAGUUUUGGAAUAGAUUUUUUUCCCAAGUGCACUUGUUGGUUUGGAGAUGAUUGUGUUUCUGCUUCUGCUGUGUCUUGCGAAUGGCGUGGUCUCUCAGAUACGUUACUCGGUACCGGAGGAGGAGGAGCACGGAACGUUCGUGGGGAAUAUCGCGGAGGACUUGGGUCUGGACCUUACGAAACUCGCGUCUCGCAGGUUUCAGACUGUGCCCAGCUCACGGAGCCCUUACCUGGAGGUGAACCUGGAAACCGGUGUGCUUUUCGUGAGCGAGAAGAUUGACCGAGAGCGCAUUUGUAAACAGAGUGCCACCUGCCUCCUCCACCUUGAGGUGUUUCUCGAGAACCCCCUCGAACUCUUCCGCGUCGAGAUCGAGGUCUUGGACAUUAACGACAAUCCUCCCGAAUUCCCGGAGACCGACAUCACGGUAGAGAUCUCAGAGAGUGCCACUCCGGGCACUCGCUUCCCGCUGGAGACUGCCUUCGACCCGGACGUUGGCAGUAACGCAUUACGCACGUACGACAUCACCACAAACAAUUAUUUUUACCUGGACGUACAGACGCAGACCGAUGGGAAUAAAUUCGCCGAGCUGGUGCUGGAAAAGCCUCUUGAUCGGGAGCAGCAGUCAGUUCACAGGUACGUGCUGACCGCAGUGGACGGUGGCCAGCCCCCGCGGACUGGCACGGCGCUGCUGGUAGUGAAAGUGCUCGACUCCAACGACAAUGUUCCGGUGUUUGACCAGCCCGUGUAUUCCAUUAGCUUGGCUGAAAACGCGCCAGCGGGAACGCUGGUUAUUCAGCUUAACGCGACCGACAUGGAUGAGGGACUGAACGGAGAAGUUGUGUAUUCUUUCAGCAAUCACAUAUCCAGUAGGGUUAAGGAGAUAUUCGACAUAGACGCACGCACCGGGAGGAUAGAAGUACGGGGGGAUGUGGAUUUCGAGGAGAGCGGUCUUUACCAGAUAUACGUGCAAGCAAAGGAUAUGGGACCAAACGCUGUGCCUGCGCACUGCAAAGUUCUGGUGCAAGUGACAGACGUGAAUGACAAUGCGCCUGAGAUCACCUUCAGCACAGUCACGGAGUCCGUUAGCGAGAAUGCCGCUCCGGGAACAGUAAUAGCGCUGCUCAGCGUCACGGACAAGGAUUCCGAGGAAAACGGACAGAUUCACGUCGAAGUGCUUGGCGAAGUGCCAUUUAAGCUGAAAACCUCGUUCAGGAACUACUACACUAUUGUCACGGACGGCCCGCUGAACAGAGAGAGCGCAGAUACCUAUACAGUGACGGUGGUAGCCAGAGAUAAAGGCUCCCCCUCUCUUGCCACAAGUAAAUCGAUUAAAGUCCAAGUUUCCGAUGAAAAUGACAAUGCGCCAGCGUUUACGCAGCCCAUUUAUGAUGUGUACGUAACUGAAAAUAAUGUUCCCGGUGCAUACAUUCACGCAGUGAAUGCGAUAGACCCCGAUAUUGGCCGAAAUUCGCAUUUAAAUUACUCCAUACUGGAGUGUGACAUACAGGGUAUGUCGGUCAAAACCUAUGUGUCAAUCAACAACGAGAGCGGAGCUCUAUACGCCCUCAGGUCAUUCGAUUAUGAGCAGCUCAAAGACUUUAGUUUCACAGUCCAGGCGACAGACAAUGGCAUCCCCGAGCUCUCUUCAAACGCUACAGUCAAUGUGAUUAUCGUGGACCAGAAUGACAAUGCCCCCUCCGUGAUUGCGCCACUGGGCAAGAACGGAACGGCCAGAGAACCUCUGCCCCGCUCAGCCGAGCCCGGAUACCUGGUCGCUCGCAUCGUCGCCAUGGAUGCAGAUGAUGGCGAGAACGCACGGCUGUCCUACAGCAUUCAGAGGGGAAACGAAAACGGCAUGUUCCGCAUGGACUGGCGAACGGGCGAGCUAAGGACUGCGCGCAGGGUGUCUGCCAAGCGGGACCCCCAGCAGCUGUACGACCUGUUGAUCGAGGUGAGGGACCACGGUCAGCCGCCUCUGUCCUCCAGCGCCAGCGUGAUGGUGACGCUGGUGGACAGCGUGGUGGAGGGCCACAGCGGAGACCGGAGCGGCGCCGCCAAAGCGAAGGAGACCAGCCUGGACCUGACCCUGAUCCUCAUCAUCGCCCUGGGCUCCGUUUCCUUCAUCUUUAUGCUCGCCAUGAUCGUGCUGGCCGUGCGCUGCCAGAAGGACAAAAAGCUGAACAUCUACAGCACCUGCGUGAACAGCGACUGCUGCCUCCUGGGCUGCGGCGUGUGCUGCUGCGGCAGGCAGGCGCGGGCGGCGCGGAAGAAAAAAAAGCUCAGCAAGUCGGACAUUAUGCUGGUGCAGAGCGCGCACGCCAGCGCGGCCACCAACGCGGCCGUCAGCGUGGCGAGCGCGUCGCAGGUGCCCGUGGAGGAAUCCGGAAGCUUCGGCUCGCUCCACCAGAACCAGAACUACUGUUACCAGGUAUGUCUGACACCGGAGUCCGCCAAAACCGACCUCAUGUUCCUCAAGGCCUGUAGCCCGUCGCGGAGCGCCGACACUGAACACAACCCUUGCGGAGCAAUAGUAACAGGGUACACUGACCAGCAGCAACCAGACAUCAUAUCCAACGGCAGCAUCUUAUCGAAUGAGACCAAGCACCAGCGUGCGGAGUUGAGCUACCUGGUGGACAGGCCGAGGCGCGUGAACAGACUCUCCAUAUCUCGCAGCUCGGCCUUCCAGGAGGCGGAUAUCGUGAGCUCGAAAGACAGUGGCCACGGAGACAGCGAGCAAGGAGACAGUGACCACGACGCUACACAUCGAGGACAUUCUUCCGGCGCUGAUCUCUUCUCGAACUGCACGGAAGAGUGUAAAGCGCUGGGCCAUUCUGACCGAUGCUGGAUGCCCACCUUCGUGCCCACGGACAGUCGCCAGGGCGCCGACUACCGUAGCAACCUCCACGUGCCAGGCAUGGACUCCGUGCCCGACACUGAGGUAUUUGAGAGCGAGGCACAGCCUGGGGAUAAGUCAUUCUCCACCUUUGGCAAAGAGACGUCCCUCCACAACCACCACCUCCACCACAACCACAACCACAGCCACCACCAAACCAACCACCAGUACAAUCAACACAACCUCCACCAUCAUGGCACCAUAGACCGGAGAGAGUUAGAUGCACUUCUGUCUUCUAACUCGCGCGCACCUUACAAACCUGCCUACAUGACAGCGCGGAAAAGGAUAUGCUAGCUCUUUUCGUGUGGACAUACCAGAGACCGCAUGAGUUUCUUUUUUCAUUUCUUUUUUUCGUUUGUUUGUUUUUGCACAAUCAGUCACAACCGAUGAGGAAGAGCAUCAAGAUUUUUUCGACUCCGUUCCUUUAGCCGUCCAUCUUGCUGCCUGAACCCAUGGACUGCUCUUGCAGACACUUUAUCGAAGGCUGGACAAAAAAAAAAGAAAGAAAGAAAGAGAAAAAAGAAAGAGUGAGAGAAAGAGACUCAAUACGGAAGGCAAAGCGGCAAAGAUACACACUCACAUGGGUUUGGAUCUCAGCCGGACUGAGAGAAGGAGCUUAGAGCAUGGGACGGACAGAUGAGAACCGAGGAGAGGAGCGAUCGAGGAGGAGGAGGAGGAAGAGGAGAAAUGGAGACGAAUGAGAGAGGAGCUGUUCCUCUCGCGUCAUCCGUGUGUGCCUGUUUACAGCGCUACUGUAUAUCUUUCAAAGGAACACAAACAAACAAACAAACAAAAACAAAACAAGAACAACAACAAAAAAUAAAUAAAAGGAACGUUUGUGAAGACAAAAUGGAAGAUGGUGGAAAAAAAGAGACAAAGUUGUCGAAAAAACAGAAAUAUUCACUGAGCCCUUUAGUUAUUUGUACACACACCGAGAAAGCCAACUGUACAGGAGAAUUCUUUGUGCAUUACUAAAUGCAAUAUCACUCUUUUAGACUUGACUGUUUUCUACUCUGUGUGUGAGUAUGUGUGCAUUUGCGUGUGUGUGGGUGUGGGUGUGUGUGUGUGUGUGUGUGUGUGUGUGUGUGGUCAGGUGUUUCUCCAGGUCUAUUCCUAUUACUUUAUAAAAAACAAAAGGAAAAAAAAACGAAAAAAAAAACUGGUGGGCAGGAGUUUGGUGAGGAGAUGAUUUUGGGGCAGUUUUAGUUCAUUUUAUUUUGUUGCGGGAGGGCAGUUCUGUUUUUGCGUUCAGCAUAGUGGGCCAAGACUGUAUUGGCCCACCACUCACCUCUCAGAAACAUCCCGUAGUUUAUAUCACGUGUGAAAAAAGUGUUUACUGUACUAUUUUAAAAGCUUCAAAAAUAAAUACAAAUCUAUAUAUAUAUAAAUCUAUCUAUAUAUAUAUCUUAACUUUUUCUCUCAGAAGGUGUGGUAUCUGAACACUAUGUUUUUUCCAGUGUAGUCUCGGCUGCUCAGAAGCUAGUGCUUACGUGACAAACAUACAGGGGUACUCAGUUGGACAGCAAGCCUUAUCUUGACAUGUUUUCAUCAUUUCAGAAAGUAUUCUCUUUUUUCCACUUUUUUGGAUAUUGAGAUUCAUGUCUACAAAUAAAAAGGAAAGUAAGACUUUAGAUUUGAAUUCAUUGUAAUUCUGUGUUAAUGUAGCCAAAAAAUGCGCCAUUUUUUAACCAGAGGCCAAAUAUGAGAGGAUUAUACAGUAUAACACUUAAACACAAACAAGGACAUGUACACACACACACACACACACACACACACACACACACACACACCC